CUCUUAUCAGUACAACCCCUCACCCACCAAACAACUCCAAAUCACAAGCAAAAUGAUCAAACUGGUCGCAUUCGACCUCGAUGGCACUCUCGCAGAGAGCAAGCAGGCAAUUCUCGACUCAAUGGGCGAAGCUCUCGCCGAUCUCUUGAGCGUCGCCCACGUCGCAGUUAUAUCGGGUGGCGAUUGGCCUCAGUUCCAGAAACAAGUCGCCAGUCGACUUCCCGCACGAGCUGACCUUUCCAAACUCUGGCUCAUGCCUACCACUGGCACAAAGCUUUACACUCACAAGGGCGAUGAGUGGAAGGUGGAAUAUGCAGAGCUGUUUAGUGAGGAGCAGAGGAAGAACAUCAUCGAAGCAUUCAACGCUGCUCUCGACGCAACGGGGUUUCAGCCAGAGCAGACUUGGGGUGAACGCAUUGAAGAUCGAGGCAGUCAGAUCACAUUUUCGGCGCUUGGUCAACAAGCCCCUCCCUCCGCGAAAGAAGUUUGGGAUCCUGACUUUGAGAAGCGCAAAAUCAUUCAAGCGGAUCUAUACAAGCGACUCCCAGACUUGUCAAUCAACAUGGGCGGAGCUACUUCUAUCGACAUCACGCAGAAAGGUGUUGAUAAGGGCUACGGGCUGAAGAAGCUCUCGGCGGCGAGUGGGAUUCCCCUGGAGCAGAUCAUGUUCAUUGGAGAUGCCAUCUUUCCGGGUGGGAAUGAUUACCCUGCUAAGGAACUGGGACUGCACACGGUGCGGGUGAAGAAUCCUGAUGGGACUCUGGCUGCUAUUGCGGGUAUCGUUGCGUGUUUGAGCGAGACUGGUCCUUUGCAUUGACAUGAGGCGCCUAUCACUGGCAACUCACGACUGUGAGGGGAGUUGACUACUUCCUACUAUUGAAGGAGAUGAGCAGAAAACAUUGUUCAUGUUGGGAGGGAAGCAGAGAAAAUGACAACAAACAACGGAUCCUCCAAAUCAUGAGGAUUCAAUAUCAUCACAGUUGAUAUAAAGCAAUUGACCGUCGUACCCAAAAUGCAACUCGUUGUUAAAUGCAUAUGUUCACGUGAGCGACAUGACAUGCACAUUUACCAAUGUGUCCUAACAGGACU